UACUCAAUGAAAAGUAUAAAGGUGCAAAGAUUGGACUCAAAAUGAUAAAUCCAGCACCAAAGCCAUCAGUUCGAAGAUUAUCAUCGUCUAACCUCUCUCAGUCAAAUGAUGAUGAAAUGUUUAGGCAAGUUCUAGCGGAUCAUGAAGCUCGACAAAAUGAAUUACUUGGGGAAAAUCAAAAAUUACGUGAUCUUUUGUACGAGAUGCAAACGAAAUUAACCGAGUUUCUUCAGACUCAAACCCAAAUGACACCCAAACGGACAAUGGACAUAGAUCCAGAGUUUCUCGGAAUUGAAACACCAGAAUCUUAUAAUCCACAAGCUGCGAAAUUUCAUCUUCCAUUCGGAAUGUUUGGUCAAAAUCUCGAAGAAGAAGUCGACCAACUUCUUGAAACACUCAAACAUGAAUGGAAUAACAGGCCUGCUGGAAUGGUCGUGGAACUCGAAGAAAAGGAAAACGAAAUAGAUAAACGUGAUUUGGUAAUUCAACAAAAAGACCGAGAGAUACGCGACAAAAAUAUCGAGAUUCAAAGGAAAGACGCGGAGAUAAAUCAACAGAUGAGUGAGUUGAAUAAGAAGGAGAUGGAAAUACAACAACGAAUUAUGGAGAUCGAGCGAAAACAAGAAGAGAUACAACAGCAACAGAUUGAAAUAGAUGUGUUGAAAGAGGAGCUUGAGGGAGCUAAAGAUUACGCGAAAAAAGCUCACGAUUUACUCGAAGAUCAGAUUGAAAAUAAUUUCCACGAAGGAUUACCGGAUCAUUCAAUUGAUGAAACUACUAUACCCGAGUAUGACGAAGAAAACAGAGAUCUAAUUAAAAAACGGGAACAAUUGAAUACAGAACGCAAAAAGUUCACUGAACAGUUAAUACGGCUGGGCAAAGACCGAGAAAUGCUUCUGCAAGAGAGAGUUGAAUUCGAAAUUGAAAAGAGAAAUUGGAAGGCGGCACAUCCAACACCAGGACGGUCCUUGGUGAUCCCUUUGGGCGAUCAAACGAUAUUUGGAAAAUACACGCCAGUUCGUGCUCAAAAUCAAACAACACGUUAUUUCAUAUCUAAAGAUAGUCCACUUACACCAUUCCUCGAACGAUAUCAAAGAGAACUCACAACCCAACAUUAA